AUGAAAUUCCGGAGAACGAAUGAGCUAAAGAUCCACGUAUCCGAUCCCCAGGUGGGCGUGUUCGUGCACUGGGGCGUCUACUCUGUGCCGGCCUUCUAUUCGGAGUGGUUCUGGUGGCACUGGCAAAUGAACCGCACCGACGCCGUCGUAGACUUCAUGGCCCAGAACUACCGGCCCGACUUCACGUACCCGGAGUUCGCGCCUAACUUCAGGGCGGAGUUCUUCGACCCUUACUACUGGGCGCAUCUGUUUAAGAAGGCAGGCGCACGCUACGUGGUGCUGACCAGCAAGCACCACGAGGGUUACGCGCUGUGGCCCUCUAACGUCUCGUGGAAUUGGAACGCCAGGGAUGUGGGUCCCCGGCGAGACCUGGUGGGAGACCUGGCCCGAGCCGUACGCGAGGUGGGCGGCAUGCGCUUCGGCAUCUACUACUCUCUCUACGAGUGGUUCAAUCCGUUCUACCAGCGAGACAAGGCCGCCAGCUGGACGAGCGACGACUAUGUCAGGGCCAAGGUCACGCCCGAACUCAAGGACAUCGUGGAGACGUACCGGCCUGACGUGAUUUGGUCGGACGGCGACUGGGAGGCUCCGGACACUUACUGGAACAGCACGCAAUUCCUCGCCUGGCUCUACAACGACAGUCCCGUACGAAACAGCGUGGUCGUGAACGACCGCUGGGGCAUCAACACCAGCUGCCGACACGGCGACGUCUACGCCUGCCAGGACCACUACAAUCCGGGAAAGCUCGUGCCCCACAAGUGGGAGAACGCCAUGCCGCUGGACAAGGGCGACAAGAACGCGGGUGGCAGCUGGGGCUACCGCCGGAACGUUCACGUGACGCAGUACCUCACCAUCGAGGAGCUCAUCUACGAGCUCGUGUCCACAAUCAGCUGCAACGGCAACCUGCUCUUCAACAUCGGUCCCGCCAGCGACGGCACCAUCUCGGCCGCGUUCGAAGAGCGCCUCACGCAGCUCGGUGCCUGGCUCGCCGUGAACGGAGAAGCGGUGUACGGUUCGCGGCCGUGGAAGCACCAGAGAGACCAGCUUGCGUCCCAAGUCUGGUACACGUCCAAGCCCGGCCAGCCACCCGCUGGACCCACCGUCUACGCCUUCGUACUGAAGUGGCCCAGAGGAAGCAACCUCACGCUUGGCGCCCUGGAGCUGACGGACGGAGCUAACAUCACCAUGCUCGGAGUUCCCGACCUCCGGCUUUCCAGCGCCGUGCGGAAGAACACCGAGAGUGGAGGCGGAACAACGGCGUUGGUGGUCACGUUGCCCCCUCUGACGCCGGACAUCCUACCCACACCGUGGGCCUGGGUGCUCAAGGUGGAAGGAGCGGCAUGAACAGUUUCGUCGGCUCGUUUGAGUCCCCGUUUGUAUAUGCAUGCAUUCCCAAGAGUGUGUCACAAUGCAUUAUCGGUGCGUCAAUUCACGAACGGCACUCGAACAGGGGCUGCACCUAUAGGGAAGUUUUAGCGAUUGCGUGGUCUAAAUGUUUGCGUGAAAUGAGUGGUUCAGUGGCGGAGUCCUUGACGCUACGUGAAAUAAAUGUGACGCG